AGGCUGCAGUGGUUCCAGCGGUCCUCUGGGCACGCAGCACGCAGCAUGACAGCCAGACAAGCAAGGAGGACAUGGGAUGACGUUGCAGGAUAAUCGUUUCUAAACGUUGCCACACACCGCAGGACACGCCCCCUCUGCCUCCAACUACUAGACCGUCCGCGAGGAGCGGUGGUGCAGCAGCAGUCAUUUGUGUGGUGGUGGACACGGUGGGCGUUGGAAAACAGCGCACACGCUUUCCUUCGCGUCGUUUCGUAUCUGAUUGCCCGGGACAGGGAAGGCUGUGUGGAUUAUGCGCCACGCGGGGCAGCAGGACUGGUUGUUGGGUUUCUGCUCAUCUUUGGACUACGACGCUACGGUCUGAAAAGAGACCUCAACCUCCACCUCCACCUGCGUGUGGGGUCGUGCCUGACGGAGGAAUGCAGACUACAUAGCAAGAGAGGAGACGACCUACUACCACCGAGUACCUCUCCACCCCACAUGCGACCCCAGGUCGGUGUGCAGCGGUCUGGAGUGUCGAGACCCGGUCUGGGGACCUGAUCGUCCCGGACCAUGGGGGGGAACCUAGGCUGCCACAGGUCCAUCCCGAGGGACCCCACGGACUUCAGCUACGGCAGCAAGCGCAAAUUCAGCGCCGCGUGUAACUUUGGCAACAUUAUGGUGAACCAGGAGCGGCUGAACAUCAACACGGCCACGGAGGAAGAGCUCAUGACCCUGCCCGGGGUCAACCGCCCCGUGGCGCGGAGCAUCGUGGAGUACCGGGACUGCAUUGGGGGCUUCAAGAAGGUGGAGGACCUAGCACUGGUGAGUGGGAUCGGCGCCACCAAACUGGAGAUUAUUAAAGUGGAGAUCUGCGUGUCGAGUAGGACCAGUUCGUCGCAGCACUCCCCGUCCUCCCUGCGGAGGGACCCGGAGCAUAUGUCCUCCUGCAGCGGCAUGAACAUCAACACCGCCACCCCGCCGCAGCUCAUGAGCAUCCGCGGCAUCACGGAGAAAAUCGCCCGGAACAUUGUCGCCUAUCGGACCCAACACGGCCCGUUCAAGAGCAUCGAGGACCUGGUUCGGGUCGAGCACAUAAACUGCUCCCUACUGGACAAGAUCCGUUUCCAGGUGUUUGUGGAGCGCUCUAGAACUCCGUCCACCAAUACCAACGGCGGGCUGACCUACACGGGUCGGUCCCAUCCGAGCCCGACCUCGUUCAGCCUCCGGAGCGAAGACCUCGACCUCCCGCCGGGAGGACCCACGCAGAUGGUGUCCCUGCGGCCCCGCGUGGAGCCGGCCCCGGGCCCGCGGGACGGCCGGACCGCGGUGCGCCUGGCCACCUGGGACCUUCAGCGCUGCUCCAGUGAAAAGGCCAACAACCCUGGCGUCAAAGAGGUCGUGUGUAUGACACUACUGGAGAACGAAAUCAAGGUGCUGGCGGUGCAGGACCUGCUGGACCGCGAGGCGCUGGACAAGUUCUGCGUGGAGCUGAACCAGGGCACGCUCGCCAGCGUGCGCCAGUGGAAGGGCCCGCGGGGGCUGUGGAAGUGUGCCGUGUCUGAGAAGCCCACCGCUCAAUCCAGCAAGGGGAGCAGCUACUCUGGUUUUCUCUGGGAGAGCUCCUCUGGUAUCGACCUGAAAGAUGCUGCCGUCCUGGGAACCUCUGUUGGCAACGGCAACGGCACCCACGCGCUCCCGUUCCUGGCCCACUUCCUGAUCGGCUCGUCCGAGCUGGCGCUGGUGAACCUCCAGGCGACCCCCCCCGCGGGCGGGGAGCCCGGCGGCCGGAGCCUGCCCUCUGAUGACUCCAAGGCCUGGUCGCUGUCGGCCAGCCUGCAGGAGGCGCUCCGAGGGGAGAAGAACCUGCUGCUCCUGGGGGGCUUCGGCGCCUCGCCGCAGGGCUGCGAGCCGGACGCCCUGCGCAGGGAGAAGCUGUGCGCCCUGGUGCCGUCGGGCCAGUUCACCGACAUCAGCACCAGCUGCCCCCAGGGCUCCCGCUGCCUGGACAACAUCUGGGUCAGCCGCUCGCUCAAGAAGAUCCACUCAGGCCGCUGCCUGGUGGUGCGGGAGGGCCUGACCAACCCCUGGAUCCCGGACGGCUGGGCCUGGGGCGGCGUGGCGUCCGGACACUGCCCCGUGCUGGCAGAGUUCUUCGUGGACGUGACGCCCAAGGAGGCGCUGGGCAGGACCAGGCUGCCGGGGUUGGACCGGGGGGGGGACGCCGCCCCCAAACACGAACGGUGACCCCCCCAAGGUGGAGGGGGGCGGAGUCAGACCGCCGCCCCGGAGCAGAACCACAUAUCACAGACGGUCCCAGCAGACCACCCUGGUCUGGGAUCAAACGGGUUUUCCUGCUCAAUGUGACAAGUGCCAAGAUUGCCUUUAUUUUGAGCUUGCCUUUUAUCGAUGUACAUUAUUAGUAUUAUUAGUAUUGUUAUUUUUAUCCUAGGAUAGGACGCCAUGACACGGAAAUAUGCAGAUCACAUUUUACAGGUUUCAAUUCUUCUUAAAAUGACUGUGCCAAUCAUUUUUGUAAAUAUGAAAUAAAAAUGAUAUAAGAUA